UGAAAAUGAAAAUCGUGCAGCUGAAAAUUCUUCAUUAAGGAUCGACAUCAUUGACAGGAUUAAGAAUAUUCUAAAUGCCCAUAAUCCUUUUGUUCAUAAUCUUCGCCAUCUUGCACAACGUACGGACAUACACGAAUGCAAGUUUGUCAUCAAAGAGCAACCUGCUAAUAAUCGUCAAUACUCAAUGCCUUCAGCAUCCCAAGUGGCAGCCGUCGUCGUUGGAGGGGAUGACAUGGCUAACCUAAAAGAGAGAGAUAUUAUGAUAGAGUCUAUCAAUGGGCAACUGAUGUAUAUCAAAGAUACGGCCGGUUAUUACGACCCACUACAAUAUCCUCUAUUAUUUCCUUAUGGCUCUUAUGGUUGGGAUUUAAACAGUUGUACUACUACUGGCAGGAAGCUGACAUGCCGAGAAUUCUAUGCAUAUAUGUUUCAGAUGCGACAACAUCUUGAUUCUCUACUAUUAAGAGGUGGUCGUCUACUCCAGCAAUAUGUUGUUGAUAACUGUGUCAAAAUGCAAGCAUCCAAGCUGAGAUGGAUUGCACUCAAUCAAGACAAGGUACGUGCUGAUUUGUACAAGGGCUUAGAGGAUUCUCUAAAUGCUGGAGAGCAUAACACAGAGAAGGUUGGUCGAAGGACGAUACUACCAUCUUCAUUCGUAGGAAGCCCACGAGAUAUGCACCAGAGGUACCAAGAUGCCAUGGCCUUGGUACAGAAGUUUGGCAAGCCGGACAUAAUUCUGACAAUGACAUGCAAUCCAUCUUGGUCGGAAAUACAAGCAGAACUAUUGCCUGGACAAGUUCCAAAUGAUCGGCCAGAUCUACUUACAAGGGUGUUUCAUGCUAAAUUUGAAGAGUUAAAAAAAGAUGUUCUAGAAAGGGGAAUCCUUGGAAAGGUGGUUGCUUAUGUAUAUGUAGUUGAAUUCCAAAAGAGGGGUCUUCCGCAUGUACAUAUGUUGUUGAUCCUCGAACAAACUGACAAGCUAACCACUCCGGAUGACUACGAUAUAAUUGUCAGAGCAGAAAUUCCAGAUGAACAACGAGAACCAGAGUUGUACAAAAAAGUUCUUAAACACAUGAUUCACGGUCCAUGUGGUGUUCACAACAGGGAUUCCCCAUGCAUGAAACAAGGGGGAUGUAAAAAAGGAUUCCCAAAGUCAUUUACUAAUGCAACAAUGCAGGGAAAUGACUCAUAUCCUCUAUAUCGUCGCCGAGAAGAUCGUCCACCUGUACCAUUGCGUCAAAAUUCUCGGAUAAAAGUAGACAACCGAUGGGUAGUUCCCUACAAUCCAUUUUUGCUCUUGAAGUACGACUGUCACGUCAAUUUAGAGAUAUGCAGCAGCAUUAAGUGUGUCAAAUAUCUCUAUAAAUAUAUACAUAAGGGUUCAGAUAGAGUAUCCAUGGAAGUUAAGAAUGGUGAUGAGAUUGCACAAUACGUGGAUGCGAGAUGGAUUUGUGCACCCGAAGCUUUUUGGAAAAUCUACAAAUUCCCAUUAACUCGAAUGUAUCCAUCUGUUGAUCGUUUGCAAGUGCAUUUGCCAAACAUGCAUCAAGUGAGAUUCGAAGAGAACUGCCUAAUUUCAGACGUAUUAGAAGACCCAAGAAACUCCAGAACGAUGCUGACUCAGUUCUUUAAGAUAAAUGAAAUUGAUCCAGGUGCAAGAAGAUUUCUUUAUAGAGAAUUUCCAGAGCAUUACAGGUGGAUUAAGUCUAGGUGUGAGUGGCAGAUUAGGAGAAGUAAUCAGCGAGUUAUUGGUCGAUUGUAUGUAGCUUCUCCACUUGAAGGAGAGAGAUUUUACAUGAGAUUAUUGCUCAACCACGUGCGAGGUCCCCAAUCAUUUGAACAUCUGAGAACGGUCAAUGGUGUCACACAACCGACAUUCAGAGCUGCUGCGGAAUCCCUUGGUCUAAUUGAGAGUGAUGAAAGCAUCCGUCAGUGUCUUUUAGAAGCGUCUUUUGUAAGAAUGCCAUCAUCAUUACGAAGAUUAUUCGCAACCAUCUUGGUAUACUGCCAACCCACUGGAUUACGUGCCCUAUGGGAUGAGUUCUUCACAUACAUGGUUGAGGAUUAUCCAUCUUCAAGCACAACAACUAACAAUGGUGUUCUCACUCACAAGCUUUUGCAGGAUUUAGAUCGUUUAUUACGACCGCUAAGAAAAAGAAUUUCUGACUUCACAGAGUUGCCAAGUUUACCUGAAAGUACUGAGGACAUCGAUGAUCUUCCAGCAAUCAUGGAGGAGUACUUUUCUGUGCCAGUACCGGAAGAAGACUUAACGUGUGUUGACACUCUUAAUAGCGAUCAACAACUUGCGUACAACACAAUUAUGGAUGCUGUGAUUUCAAAAACUGGUGGAGCUUUUUUCGUUGAUGGUCCAGGAGGUACAGGCAAGACAUUCUUAUACAGAGCACUCUUAGCAACCGUAAAAGGAAGAGGUGAAAUUGCUGUUCCGACGGCAACAUCUGGAAUUGCAGCGACGUUGUUGCAUCAGGGAAGAACAUCACACUCAACUUUUCAGCUUCCACUGCAACCUGAUAACAACUCAACUUGCUCAUUCACCAAGCGUUCUAAAACUGCCACUUUACUAAAGCACUCUUCCAUAAUUAUAUGGGAUGAGGCUCCAAUGACACAUAUAUAUCAUUUUGAAGCCGUUGAUCGUUCACUGAAAGACUUAAUGGAAAACGACUUACCAUUUGGAGGAAAAAUUAUUGUGUUUGGUGGUGAUUUUAGACAAGUGUUACCAGUGGUUCGAAACGGAACAAGAGCUCAAAUGAUCGAUGCGUCAUUUGUUAAGUCCCCUAUUUGGAGACACGUCAGUAUUUUGCAUUUGAGAGAAAAUAUGAGAUCAAGAAAUGAUAGCGCAUUUGCUACUCGAUUGCUCUCAAUUGGCAACGGGGAUGAACCAACCGUGUCAGAUCACAUGAUAAAACUGCCGAACCAUAUGGUAAUACCAUCAUCAACUGAUGAUGUCUCAAUCGAAAUGUUGAUUGACCAGGUUUUUCCAAAUCUAAGUCAACAUGUGGGAGAAGGAAAGUAUAUGGUUGAAAGGGCCAUCAUCACACCCCUCAACGAAGAUGCUGACAAGAUUAAUGAUAAGGUUGUUGAGAAAUUUCUUGGAGAAGGAAAAACAUACUAUUCGAUUGAUUCUGUUCCCGAGGAUAGGAGAAAUUUGUAUCAGCAAGAGUUUCUAAAUUCAAUUUCAGCUUCGGGAUUGCCUCCGCAUGCUCUCACUUUGAAACCUGGUGUACCCUUAAUGCUGUUGAGAAACAUCGAUCCUAAGAAUGGGCUUUGCAAUGGAACACGAUUGCUUUGUCGUGGACUAAAGGAUCAUUUUAUAGAUGCUGAGAUUUUAACAGGGCAUUCUAGGGGAAGUAGAGUUUUCCUGCCCAGAAUUCCAUUAAAGAGUGCUGAAGAUAUAAAAUUGCCAUUUGAGCUGGUUAGAAAGCAAUUUCCAGUGAAGGUUAGUUUUGCCUUGACAAUAAACAAGUCUCAGGGGCAAACUAUACCCAAUGUUGGCAUCUACCUACCAGAUCAUGUAUUCAGCCACAGGCAACUCUAUGUGGCAUUAUCACGCGGAACCUCAGAGAACACAACAAAGAUUGUGGUAAAAAAAGGAAAUGUACAAGGACAUCAAGGGGUAUUUACAAAGAAUAUUAUAUAUAAAGAAGUUUUAUUGCCUUCUGAAUAG